GGCUAUUUUGCUCUCUUCUCUCAUUUCCCUUCUUUGUUUUCUCUCUCUAAACCCUGUCUUUCUCUCUUCUCUCUCUUAUCUCCUUGUUUGGAUCGGAGUUCCAUUGAUUCCGGUCAAAGUGCUGCAGUUUCCGGCCACCAUUUACAGGAUUCCGCCGUGAAUCUCGAGCUGCGGAAUACUGGAUUUUUUAUUCAAUUUAUGUUAUUCGGAGGUAUUUGAUUGGGUUUUGGAUCUGAAAGUUGGUAAAUUUAAGUGGAUUUGUGGAAUUUGUGGCGAGGAAUCAGUGGAUUGAGUAAUCAUUGGCGUGAAAAUUUGGAAUUAGGAGGUGUUUUAUUUGAUUAUUGGAGAGUUUUGAAUUUGAAUUUGAUGGAGCAAGGUGAGGGAGGGGAUUUCCCUCCAAAAAAGGUUCAAUCGGAUACGGCUGGGACGGCGGCUGUGACGUCGGAUAUUCCGCCGAAGAAGCUCGCAAGGCAGCUGGAUUUUACGGCUUUUGGUGGUGCAUCGGUGGCGGUGGUCUUGCCAGAGCACCCGCAGUCGCAGCCUCAGGCGCAGGCGCAGGCGCAGCAUCCAGUGACGAUGCCGGUGCCACCCCAGACGACUCAUCCUUCAGUGAGGGUUGUGAAACCAGAAUCCCCAAGAUCGCGACCAAGACCCAAUAUUGAUGUGAAAGAUGGUACUCCAAAGAAGCAAAAACAAUGCAACUGCAAACACUCUCGAUGCUUGAAAUUGUAUUGUGAGUGUUUUGCAUCUGGAAUAUAUUGUGAUGGGUGUAACUGUGUAAAUUGUCACAAUAAUGUUGAAAAUGAGGCUGCUAGGCGAGAAGCUGUUGAAGUUACCUUGGAGCGUAAUCCAAAUGCUUUCAGGCCAAAAAUUGCUAGCAGUCCACAUGGAGCUCGGGAUAGCAGGGAGGAGUCUGGGGAAGCUUUAGUGUUGGGAAAGCACAACAAGGGAUGCCAUUGCAAGAAAUCAGGGUGUUUAAAAAAAUACUGUGAGUGCUUCCAAGCCAACAUUCUCUGCUCUGAAAAUUGCAAAUGCAUGGACUGCAAGAACUUUGAAGGAAGUGAAGAGAGACAGGCUCUCUUCCAUGGAGACCAUGCCAACAGCAUGGCAUAUAUCCAGCAGGCUGCUAAUGCUGCCAUCACUGGAGCUAUUGGAUCCUCUGGCUUUGGAUCUCCUCCAGUAUCCAAGAAGAGAAAAGGUCAGGAAUUGUUUUAUGGGCCGACAUCCAAGGAUCCGUCUCUUCACAGGCUUGCACAAUUCCAACAGGCAAACCUUACCAAAGCAUCUGUAACCACCUCUUCAUUGUCUUCCACCCCUGUUUCUCGUGUCCCUAACAGUGCAGCAUCAGGCACCUCAAAAUUUACUUACAGGUCUCUCUUAGCAGACAUCAUUCAACCGCAGGACUUGAAGGAGCUUUGCUCUGUUCUGGUGGUAGUGUCUGAAGAAGCUGCCAGGACAUUUGCAGACAAAAGAAAUCUGGUGGAAAAGCCUGCAGAAGAACAAGUAGAAACUUCUCAUGCUUCAUCGACUCAAGACAGGUUACAAAGCCAGAAGGAAUCUGACAUUGAGAAAGCAGUGGCUGAUGAUUGCUCAAGUAGAAACCAGGCUGAUAAACUUGGGCCUGACGAUUCCAGCUCAGAUGGUGGGGAUGUGCCAAAAGGGAGGCCAAUGUCUCCUGGAACCCUAGCAUUGAUGUGUGAUGAACAAGAUACAAUGUUCAUGGCAGCUGCCUCCCCUAAUGUGUUAAUGGGCCAUAGCUGCAACACAUCUUCACAAUUGCCUUAUGGGCAAGGUAUAACAGAGGCCUAUGCGGAGCAGGAAAGGAUUAUCUUGACUAAGUUUCGAGAUUGUCUCAACAGGCUCAUAACUUUUGGAGAAAUUAAAGAAACAAAGUGCUCCUCGCUAGCCAGAACUGAAUCAGGAGGUCAAAAUGAGCCAUUCAGCAAUGGCCCUGCUAAUGCCAGAACCGAUACUGGCAAUCAACAGGUGCCUGUUAGCAAUGGUGUUUCAAAACCUCCCUUUCCUCCGGCAACCAAGAUGUCUCAGACGGUCACUGCAGCCGCCGCUUCUCCCAAUAAUACCCUGCUUUCAAAACCUUCAACCCACACUGAAAAUGGGGAUAUAAAUCUAAAGACCGAAAAAGAGUUGUAAAAAGAUUUAGAGACAGAAUUGGCCCAAGGUAUGCUACUGCAUCUUUGUAAUACUAGGCUAUUGCUUAUUCCAGAUUGUCUUCGAUGCAGUGAAAGUAUAAUUUUGGGCUCCCAAUUGUUAGAACUGACCAGGAUUCGAUCCAUUUCUUACUUCACUCAUUAAUAUAUUCUUAAAUUAGUUUUUCAGUCUUCAGCUACGGUUGGAGCAGAGGUUGUGUAAUAUGCAGAGCCUUGUAAUUGCAUCGAGAUAUUGGUAACAUACCAACCGCAGAGUCACAGCUUGUAAUUUAUAUGGUACGAUUUUCUUUAAUCCAUUCAAGUUGCCCUAGAAACUGAGAGCAAAUUUUACAUUUUCUUUUUCAUGGGAUUUUUGUAACUUCCCUUUAUUUUUUACGUUGGUUCUUGAGGUUGGAAGAAAUGAAAUCCACUGUUUCCUUGAA